AUGGAAGAGCACAGUGGAACGCUUACCACCCUAACGGCGAAGACGGUGGAUCUGGUUGUAUCUUCUCAAGACUAUAUAUUACUGUUUAGAAUUUUCUGUUUGAAUGGUUUGGAGCUGAAGCUAUCUGUUUUCUUCAUAUUUGAGAAUUGUUUGGACUACAGGACAACAUGGCAGCUAAUGGUUAACUAUUUUUAUGCGGGGUUUGUUGAUGUGAAGCAGGGCCGCAAUUGUUUAGCGAUAGCUCUUGAGCAUGAAGGUGAAGAAUUAAAUAGGGGAAGAGAUAAGGCAGAAAUAGUGAUCCUUGGAGCUUGA